CUCAGGCUACACCAUGGGUAUCUUACUAACCCGCUAAUAAAAACAUUGGAAUGCGGAACAUUUGACGAGAUAUUGACUGUCGUGGUUACUGCAACAGCUGUUGGUGGCAGGUGGAGAGGUACAACCAAGGUAUGUCGUCGCUGUCGUACGUGACCUUAACAUUCAUCGACCAGCCUGUCAUAGGCCUACGCCUUUUUGUAUCGUUUAGAUAAGAAGAAAGGGGAUUUAAAUGUUUUAGAUGUGAUUAACGAAUAAGAAUUUUCACAUGCUACUCAUUAGUUCUAAAGCCUCCUCCUCGAUACAGGUGUGUGCAUGCGAGUGUUGCUUAUAUGCGCGUGCGCACGUUUAUUCAGACACGCUCCAUAGAACACAAUGUCACGCUGCUCUGUUUACAUGCAUGGGAGGCCUUGCACCCUUCAGGGUCGCAAUCGAUCAUAUGCUUUCUUGGAACCCUAUCUCUCUAUUCCCGGAAUACACAGAGGGAGGAAAACAAAUGUUUAAACCGAGUUAACACUAAAAGAAAUUCAUGUGGUACGGCGGAUGAUACUUCGAUCUUCCUGCACGUAUUUGGUUUACAUUUACUAUUAUUACAGAAAGACAGAGUGUGCUGACAACAGGGGGAACAUGAACGAUGAAGACCAAGAUGAUUUUCACGACUUCGUUGUGCGUUGUGCUGGAGCCGGACUAGCAAACAAUCCUACUACCAAGGACUUUGGAUGUCGUGAGAGAGAGGAACUACUUAAUCACGGUAAUGAAACCGAUUUUGAGCGUCUUGAGGAAGUGGAAAUAGACCACCAUUUCAUUGACACCAAAGGAGUUAAAAACCAAGAUAAAGCCGAAAUCGACAACCACAUUACUGCUGCGGAAGACUUUAAAUGGCUUGAUGGACCGGAACUAGAUAGCCACACUGCUGACACAGAAGGAUUAGGGCGUCGUGAUACAACAGGUCUACAUAUCUACACUACUGACACCAAUGAUCUUAGGAGUGGAGAUGGAGCGGAACUAGACAGCCACACUACUAUCACAGAAAACUUCAGAUAUCGUAUUAAUGCAGGAGUAGUCAGCCACUAUGCUGCCACAGAACAUUCCGGAAGUGGUAACGGAAGCGGACUAAUACACUGCGGUACUGAUACUAAGGAAGUCCGAAGAAGUGAUGGAGUGGCACUUGACAGUCAUUCUAACGACAACGAAAAUUCUGGGUGUCGCGUUAGAACGGGUCUCGAUGGCCACGCUACUCACACCAAUGAUCUUUGGAGUCGAGAUGUUGCGGGAUUCGACACCAAAAAAGUAGAGGUUCGGAAUGGCGUAGGACUACUUCGCAAUGAUACCAUCAGAGAAGAGUGUGGGUGUCGUGAUGGAGCGGGACUAGAUAGCCAUGCUGCCGACACCACCGAAGUUGGAUGUCAUGAUGGAGCGGGACUAGAUAGCCACGUGUCCGACACCACCGAAGUUGGAUGUCAUGAUGGAGCGGGACUAGAAAGCCACGUGUCCGACACCACCGAAGUUGGAUGUCAUGAUGGAGCGGGACUAGAUAGCCACGUGUCCGACACCACCGAAGUUGGAUGUCAUGAUGGAGCGGGACUAGAUAGCCAUGCUGCCGACACCACCGAAGUUGGAUGUCAUGAUGGAGCGGGACUAGAUAGCCACGUGUCCGACACCACCGAAGUUGGAUGUCAUGAUGGAGCGGACUAGAUAGCCAUGCUGCCGACACCACCGAAGUUGGAUGUCAUGAUGGAGCGGGACUAGAUAUCCACGUGUCCGACACCACCGAAGUUGGAUGUCAUGAUGGAGCGGGACUAGAUAGCCAUGCUGCCGACACCACCGAAGUUGGAUGUCAUGAUGGAGCGGGACUAGAGCCAUGCUGCCGACACCACCGAAGUUGGAUGUCAUGAUGGAGCGGGACUAGAUAGCCACGUGUCCGACACCACCGAAGUUGGAUGUCAUGAUGGAGCGGGACUAGAUAGCCACGUGUCCGACACCACCGAAGUUGGAUGUCAUGAUGGAGCGGGACUAGAUAGCCAUGCUGUCCGACACCACCGAAGUU